UAGGUAACCUAUUCAAUUUUAUGACAUAUUAAUUGUUUAAUAUAUUGAAAAAUUGGCUGAUUUAUAGGAGUAUAAUAAGAAGACAAAUAAUAGUCGUAAUAACUAAUAAGUAUCUUAUAGGAAAUAUGCGCGUAGUAAAGACGGGUUUGCACUCUAUAUUUUACUUCGUAUGUUUUCUUUUUACUUUAGAAUUAUAAAUUUAGUUUUAAGAAUUCGGGUGUAUGGCUAUUUAUAAGGAAUCAAUAUAAUUAUUAUGAGAAUUACCGAUAAGAGUCCGAAAUUCGUUUCAUAUUUUAUCGAAAUUUUGGGGGGGAAUUAAGUUGACUUUGGCAACAUUGAAGGUUGUACAGUACUCGUCCGUCCAUUUUGAAUCGUUGGCGGAAGGUCGUUGAACAGUCGCGAGUUCCACAGGAAGGUUCCUUAAAUUAUACAGGUAAUCAUUGUAAAUAUUGUAAUAAAAAGUGCACCGACGAAGUGAUGAGCGUGUAAAUAAGUUGGAUCAUCAAAAAUUUGUUCAUUUACGUUCAUAGGUACAGUGAAUUCGCCACCGCCAACCACACCGGACAAGACAAACAACUUUUACAUCGGAAUUGGCCAAACCCCGGAUAAGACUACUUAAUACCCGGACAAGACUACUUCUCGGCUAGACAAGACUACGGUCUAGACAAACAACAGAAUGGACGACAUUCUUUUAGCAAGGCUUAGGCUCAUUAACGACAAACUCACAACGGACUUAGAAGUAAUUCCGGGUACUGUUAAUUUAGAAAAUUUAGUGCAGGCUCAGAUCACAUACAGUAAAUUAGAAGCAACACUGAAAAGACUUAGCGGAGACCUGACGGAGUACUUUAGGCUGGCUUCGACACCCGCAUCUGAUGAAAUCUGCUUGAUAAGUGGACUUCAACUUCAAGCAGAGGAGACUUUAGCUGAACUUAAGGUGAAGAUUGACCAGAUAUCUACAUCAAGCAAACCAUCAGAGAAGCUGACUGAAGCGAACUCCUCGUGCAGACUUCCUAAGCUCCAGCUGCCGGUGUAUAAUGGGGAUGUACUGGCGUGGUAUGAAUUUUGGGAUGCCUUCAGAAGCAACAUCGAUGCAAGGAACCUGCCGGAUGUUGACAAGCUUUCUUAUCUUAAGACUUCAGUCACGGGAGAUGCCAAAAAAGUCAUUGACGGUCUAGCGACUACAAGCACCAACUAUGCUAUUGCCGUUACGAUACUGAAGGAAAGGUUCGGGAAAACUUCACAUCUUAUAGACGCGCACUAUGCAACAUUAUAUAAAAUUAAGAUGGCCAAAGGCAGUGCGGAUGACUAUAGAAGGACUUUCAACGAAAUCGAAAGGAAUCUUAAGAUUUUAGAAUCACUAGGUGAGAACAUUAACCACAACCAUCUGCGCUUCAUGCUACUAGAGAAGUUUCCUUCUGAUCUAGUAUACGAAAUAAAACUUAAAGUUAAGGAUGAUUCCAUUCAAGAACUGAGAAGCCACCUGGAUAAAAUCAUCACUGCCAAAGAGGACGCGGAAAGGAUAUCGGGUAGGAAACGCCCUCAAGAGACAGAAGCUAGUACGGUCGGGACUCUUUAUGUGAAUGCAAAACGUGCGAGAUACGCAAACCAGUCCCAACUACAACACAGUAACCAGAGUAAACAAAACCAUCAGGGACGCUUUGAUAAGAGACCGAAGGAUACAACGGAGAAGAGUCAGUCCUGA